AUGUUGAGAGUGAAAAAUAGUACACCGAAGUUGCGGGGCAAGUUGACAUUGAGGUUGGCACACUAUACAAAGCCUUCCAUUAGAUUUGAGAGCUCCCUGGCGAAGAACUCACGUGAAUCAAAUGAUAACGGUAGAGACGUUUUACUUGGGGUUUCCAAUUCGGCAAACCUCGAUCAAGAAAAGAAUCCGAAGCAGCCGAUCGAAAAUGAUUUGGUUCUGCUGGAGAGAGGAAUCAAGAAAUCUGAUGAGUUGACUUCAAAUUUCACUGAUUAUUUGUACAAAUUCAAUAGGUUACCAGCAGAUUUUGGGUCGAAUCAACUACUGACAAUUGAUGCUGAUUUGCAAAGAGAACUUCGUGGCAUUAUGUCAGCAUUUAAUGCACCAGUCAGGUAUGCAUUCGGGUAUGGUUCCGGAGUUUUCCAGCAGAGCGGGUAUUCUAAGGACGAUGCCAAGCCACAGAUUGAUCUAAUCUUUGGUGUGGGCCAUCCUGCUCACUUCCACUCACUCAACAUGAGACAAAAUCCUCAACAUUACUCGAGCUUACGUUAUUUUGGCUCUUCAUUUAUCUCCAAAUUCCAAGAAGUUGGUGCUGGAGUAUAUUUCAAUCCUUUUGCUGAGAUAAACGGCCAUGAAGUGAAGUACGGCGUUAUCUCGAUGGAAAACCUUUUGAAGGAUUUGGCCACCUGGAAUACGUUUUACAUCGCCGGGAGAAUGCAAAAGCCAGUGAAGAUACUAAGAAACGAUUUGAGAGCCCAAUACUGGAAUCAACUUAACUUGAAAGCUGCAGCUACACUGGCCAAGCAUCUAACCUUGAAAAAAAAUAACGGGAAACUUGACGAGUUUGAAUUCUACAAAGAGAUUGCAGGUUUAAGUUAUGUGGGGGAUAUUAGAUACGACCUCGGUGGUGAGCAUCCGGAUAAAGUGAGCAAUAUUGUGACUAAAAAUUUCCAGAAUUUUGAACAUUACUAUAAACCCAUCUAUAAAGAUGUGGUCCUGAAUGAGUCUCACUACCUACCUCAAGGUUUUACUUUGGAAAACGCUGGCGGUCUCUUGCGAAGCAGAAUUGGUAAGACAAGUGUGUUACAAACGUUGAAGGGCAUCUUCACAGCAGGAGUCACGAAGUCAGUCAAAUACGCUUGGGCAAAGAAACUUAAGACUUUCAAAAAAUAA